UGGGUCCCACAUAGCCCUCCCCGGACGGAUUGCCGUCCGGGCGGUGGUAGGACGCAAGCCGCGUCCUUCCAUGGAACGCACGAUCUGCCCCUCCAUAAUAAAAUGGGAUUCCGUUUCGAGAAAAUUACAUUCGAAGAUUUUCUAUUCCAACUGAAGGCUGAAGGAGCAGUAAAAAAUGGGGCAAGCACUUUGCUGUAUACAAGUUGGCCAGUCUAAAGUUGCUAUUAAAGAAACUUUUGGUAAGUUUGAUGACGUGCUUGAGCCUGGAUGUCACUGCUUGCCUUGGUGUUUCGGGCGCAAGAUAGCUGGGCAUCUUUCAUUGCGUGUGCAACAACUUGAUGUUCGAUGUGAAACAAAAACUAAGGAUAAUGUAUUUGUCAACGUUGUUGCAUCCAUUCAGUACCGUGCAUUGGCAGAAAAGGCUGCUGAUGCGUUCUAUAAGCUCAGCAAUACAAGGGCACAAAUCCAAGCUUAUGUCUUUGAUGUUAUAAGGGCAAGUGUUCCAAAAUUGAACUUAGACGAUACCUUUGAGCAGAAAAAUGACAUAGCUAAAGCUGUGGAAAAUGAACUAGAAAAGGCCAUGUCACAUUAUGGAUACGAGAUAGUGCAAACGCUUAUUGUGGAUAUUGUGCCAGAUGAGCGUGUGAAGAAGGCAAUGAAUGAGAUCAAUGCAGCUGCUAGACUGAGAUUGGCAGCCAACGAGAAAGCUGAAGCUGAUAAGAUACUGCAGAUUAAGCGGGCCGAAGGGGAGGCAGAGUCCAAGUAUCUAGCUGGCCUGGGCAUAGCUCGUCAGCGCCAGGCCAUCGUGGACGGCUUGAGGGACAGCGUCCUUGCCUUCUCCGUCAAUGUGCCUGGGACGACGUCCAAGGAUGUUAUGGACAUGGUGUUGGUCACUCAGUAUUUUGACACCAUGAAAGAGAUCGGUGCAUCCUCCAAGUCCUCGGCUGUUUUUAUCCCCCAUGGGCCCGGCGCUGUCAAAGACAUAGCCACCCAGAUAAGGGACGGCCUCCUUCAGGCCAGCGCACGUCAGUAAGGUACAGCGGAUGGAGGAAUCAUUACUUAGACUCUAUAGUGGUUGUUAAUAGAGGGACAGGAUUAUCUGGUUUUCGCUGUUUCUUGUUUUGAUCGAAUAUGGUGGGAUUUUAAGGUUGUGGACCAUGAAUGACCUAGAUGUAGAUAGUGUCUAUUUUGGAAGCCCAGUUUGAUACAUUAUCUGGUUUUUACUGUUUCUUGCUUUGACUGAAUAUGGUGGGAUUUUAAGGUUUGUGGACCAUGAAUGACCUAGAUGUAGAUGGUGUCUAUUUUGGAAGCCUGGUUUGAUAUUGAUGUUAAAACUUUUCA